AUGGGUGGCAGCACUUCGAAAGUUCUAGACGUGGAGGAGGUCGAUGAAAUUUCCAAGGAAACUGGAUGUAACUAUUGGUUUCUUAAUCGCUCAUUUUUUAGUUUCACCCAAACAAAUUCACCGACUUUACAAUCGUUAUGUAUCAUUAGAUCGCUCGAAAGCGGGACAUUUGAAGUAACUCCCUCCUUUAAUCUAUGGUAUUUUUAGACGUCAAGACUUUCUUUUAAUCCCUGAACUAGCCAUCAACCCACUGGGCGAUCGGAUCAUUAAUGAGUUUUUCAAGGGAGGGUAAGUGCCCAUUUCGAAGUAAACGAUCAAUGGCCGUUGUAAUACUCUAGCGAUUUAUCUCUUACCGGACCUCGUGGUACUUCCAGAAGAAUUAUUAUUUCUGUGUUUUGUAGUUUAUAUUAAUUUAUUGCGAUCUUAGCCGUGACAAGAGGUUCCUCUUCCUUGUUGUUUCCAGUCAACCUUAGCUAGAUACCAUUGAGACCAAAUGCCGUCAGAAUAUUCGUGUCCACCUUAUCACCGCUAUUAGUUCACACGGUUUCUUCACUGCUAUCUCGUGGGCAGUGAAGGCGCAAAUAUACGAGCAUUGGGUAGUCGAGUUUGGCUCCUACACCGAAUUUAUUUUGUGGUUUGAGUACUCCCAAAGAUCACGUAAUGUACAAAAACUAAGUAGGUAUUCAUACAUCUAAUUAUUUAAAUUUAUAUCGGCAAUUGAUCUUUAACAGUUUUUUAGGCCAAGGCCAAGGUAAAAUUGCCACUGACGACAUCCAUCCUUUGUGUUCUGCUAAGUCUAUACCCCUCUAGAAAAUAAAUUAUCUUCGUAAACUGGGUCAGAAGACUGUAAAAUAUGCAACUAAGGGCGUUCCUGACAGUCAUUCAAAUUGCCUCAUGACUUCCACGCAGACGGUUAGGCGUUUAUGCAGCUAGCAAUGCCAAUGUCACUGAUAUUUGUCUGAUUAGUUUAGCGCUGUUAUAAGUAAGGUAAGGUAAGCGUGUUCACGUAGAAAAAAUACACUAAAAAGUACCACAUUUCAACCUGGUAGCGAUCUUAGUCAUUCAGAAGUCAUUUACCUCGUAAUUUCAGUGCGUUGGUCCACGUAUGAAAUCUGACCUUUCUGUGCUAAACGGUACAUUCAGUGUCCACAAUUCUUCAACAAGAUCCGCUCUUGCAUGAAUUUCAAAUCGGUUGCAGGCAUUACCACGUUGGAGGACUGUAGCCUAUUGAUGCGUUUGCCGUUAUAUUGAGCCUAGAUCUUUACAUCUUGCUUUUGCGUCUCAGAUGUUAUAAAUGCAGGAAUACGAAUUCUUAUUCAUACCAUAAUUCUAGUAUUAUGAUCAAUUGCUGUAAUCUUUUGCCGUUAUAAUAGCGAGGAACUUAACUUCCGCGAGUAUAUGCGGAAACUUGCGCGCUUCCGGAAGCCAACAUCAAGCAGUCAGACCGAGUAUAACAGUCGUGAGGCCAAAUUACAAUUCCUUUUCGGAAUGUACGAUCUGGACACUGACCAGAAAAUAUCUCGGAGUGAAUUACUCAGUGUUUUGCAGAUGAUGGUUGGCGCUAACGUGACGAUGGAUCAAGUAUGUUAAUUCUUUAAACUUCGUGUGCCCUUACGGCAGACAUCUCACAUACCGCUUCCUUAAAGUCCCGUUUGCUGUUUUUCCUGCCCACUUACAGUUCAUUAGCUAACAUACAUUCAUUCUAACUGGUUCUUCUAGAUAAACCGGAUUGGUGAGAGAACUAUGGCUGAAGCCGAUAUCAACUGCGAUGGCUUUAUUACCUACGAGGAGUUUAAGACGGUAAGUACUACUUCCAAUCAUGCAUGGGGGACCACUAAUCUCACUUGCUUCGACUAGCAGUGGUAUUUCUUAAGAUGGUCCCAGAUCCCACGGUACAAGUCGUAAUUCGUUUGAAGACGCGGUAGUAUGGUAUAAACAGAGUUUUCUGUCUACAUUAUGCGUGGGUUGCGCUUCAAUUUGUAAUACGUCCACGUUGGAGCCUUACUGAAUGACGGACAAUAGUCGGCUUACGAUGCCGCUUUGGCUUACUAUAUACCCGCGGCUAGCUGAUUUUCCUGACCACAGUCCAGCUUCGCCUGAAAAUAUGAUGUCUCAAAAUCUGCGCUAGUUCAUUUGGCCGACAAGAGGGCCAGCCCACUUCAAGUUAUAUUCCCAAUGAAGGCCAUUCCGCUUUACGUCGUCUGGGGAUUCGCCGAGUAGUCUAUAGAUAUGUUAACAGAAAGGUGUCUUCUUGCCGGUGUUCUUGUCCUGGGAUGAAGGACAGUUGAUUUUUUUGCUGUAUGCCGACCUUGUGCGUUUUUUAAACUUCAUUGUCAUGGAACACUUCUUGUUUUGACAAUUUAGAAAUUUAAAAGUGCAGAGAACGGAGCAGAAGUGGGUGACUGAACAGCGAACCCUAGACUCGUGAAUCAGAGACUUAAGACCUCCGCGGGCUCUCAUUAUGGGCGACGGAAGCAAUCUUGGUAUGUCACAAUGGAUCAUGGAUACAUACACUGGAUCGUGUAUGCCACGAAGGGUCGAUGUGUUGCUCGGCCUUAUGUGAUAACGGUUCCACCACAGAUCAAAAGACUAGAUGUAGAGGACAAUUGUUCACUUCGUCGACGUUGAUAGCCUCGUCUGCCUUCCCGGAUCCAGGCGUCAGAUGAAAUAUUUCGUCACCCACUUUUCUUAUUAUAAUUUACUUCGACCUGACGCUGUCUCGGCACCACUUAAAGACUUUGGGACCUCAAGGUAGAGGACGAUUUCAUAGUGGUCCUUGGGAAUUUCUUUGAGGUAACAGUCCGUCGUGAACCACAUCAUCGCUUCCUGCAAGCUCGCCUUAAAAAGUGAACGUUAGUGAGACGAAGUUACUGCCUGGCGGCUUUUCAUCACAAGUGUCCCCCACCCUCAUAGCUGGAGUCAAGACGACUGACCUUUUUAUCCAACUCGGCUCUUCUAAACCACCAGUAAUCGCUUUUUAGAAAAGAACUCACAUAAAGCAUUUGUGGUUGAUUCCGAAAGCAUCUGUGUUGUUUCAGGGGUUUAGUAUAAAUCAUUGUCAAAUGUAUGAGGCUGCGGAUAAGUCGUCCUGUUUUACGGCUAUUGAUUUACGAAACAUCUGCGCUUUACCAACCUCAUCUGACAGACCCCAUGGGCAAUGUGGGGUUUGACCUCCGAUUAGGGAACUUUCCUAGUGAUGUAGUGAAAAAUGCCACCUUAGAUGGCCUAGUCGCUCACGCCGUCGGUCCGAUUGAGAGCUCGUCCACGAUGUCAUCCCGGAGUUUGUGUUGCGCUGCCCCUAUACCGUCCAGUUGGAAAAGUGAACAAGUAUGACCAGAUCAGGCCUGGCGACUGGGCUGAUGUCCUCGGUACUGCUGAUAGGAACGUCAACUAGACAGCGACCACUAGACUCACAACUGUUAAGCUCAGCGCCUGGGUACUAGUUAUUCACCAGCCAUCCACCGUUGUGCACAGUCGUUAGAUAGCUCUUAUCUCGGGCUUCUUGAAGAGCCAAUUAUUAGCUGUGCCGAUCACGAGAAGACCAACACACUUCAUGCUUCCUUCAUUUAUUAGUCAGCCCCUCCCCCUGGUAUAAGAUGCCUCUUCUACUUUUAACCCUGUAGGCUGUUGAGAAUGUGGAUAUUGAGAACAAAAUGAGCAUUCACUUUCUGGAUUAA